AUGGGAUUUUCGGCUUCACUUCAUGGUAUCAGAGCCUAAUAGACUCUAACGGGUUUUUUUUCUUCCUUCCUCUUCCCUCUGCUAUUUUCCUUCUCCCAGUUUGCAAUGUCGGCAGCUUCCUCCACCACUUCCUCUACUACAAAUUAUGUAUCCUCCAGUUCUACGCCAACAAUAUCUCUGCCAUCCAAUCCCCAAUUCACCGUCAAGCUCACGCCGAACAACUAUUUGUUAUGGAAGACCCAACUUCUUCCUCUUCUCCGUUGUUUCUAUUUGAUUGGCCAUAUCGAUGGCACCCUGCCGCCUCCGCCGGAAGCCAUUAAUUCCCAGCCGAAUCCAGCAUAUGGAGAAUGGUAUCAAAGAGAUCAACUAGUUCUGAUUUGGAUCAAUAUGUCAUUAUCGGAGGUCGUGCUGUCCACUAUCGUCAAUAAAUCUACUGCUCGUGAUGCCUGGGAUUCUCUUGCUCGUGUCUACGGAUCUACUUUGCCGGUCAUUGUGCGGCAGCUUCGUGGUUCUCUCAAGCGUCUGGCGCGUGGGUCUGAAUCAGCUCACGAAUAUCUCCAGCGUGCCAAGGGGAUUGCCGACAAUCUUGUUGCUCUUGAUGAUCCCGUCAAAGAGUCUGAACUCGUCCGCGCCCUCAUGGACGGUCUUGGUGAUGAAUAUCGCCCUUUCACUCAGAAUCUUGAAGCUUGCCUCACUCCGAUUUCCUUUGAUGACUUCAGCAGUCAUCUCCUGAGCGAAGAAAUGCAACUUAAGCGCUCUCAGUCGGUCGCCGGUGACCUGGCUUCGCCGCAUGCGUUUUACUCUGGUGGUGGUUAUCGCGACAGGGGCGGCCGGACUCCAAGAGGCAGGGGCGGCCAAAAUGGUUAUGGUGGUCGUGGUGCCUAUGGCCAUCAAAACCCUUGGAGGCCCAACCCCCAACCCUGGCCCAACUCUUAUUCUAACCAACAGUUUAAUCAACCCAUGAAUGCAGGUGUACUUGGAGCUGAGCCUUCUGGUCCUUCAAAGACUAUUUGCCAUAAUUGUGGAGGAAGAGACCAUAUCCGGCCCAACUGUCCAAGCCCUUUAUAUCCAGACCAAUCCUCUUAUCCUUGAGGCUCAUCUUCCAACCUAGCCCAAACCUCUCAUCUAGCCCACUCUUCCCAGCAAUGGCUCAUGGACUCUGGGGCCAACCAUCACGUGACUUCAGAUCUCGACAAUUUAGCGCAUCAUUCUAAAUAUAAUGGCACUGAUAGC